AUGCCGCCGCCGCAGCAGCUCGCCGCCCGAUCCGCUGCUCCGGGGUCGCCUGCUUCGGCGUUCGUCGGCUGCCGAUCGAUCCCGUUUCUUCGGUGGACUGACCCGAUGGAGCGCGGGAGCGAGAUGAGGCCCGUGCACAACAGCGUCGACACCGUCAACGCGGCCGCCGCCGCCAUUGUCACCGCCGGGAGCCGCAGGCAGCCCACCGUGGAGCCGAGAAGGAAAUGGACUGAUUGGUUGAGCGCAUACUUCUGCUUUGGAGCUCAAAAGAAUGACCGGCGCAUCAGCCAUGCGGUCCUUGUCCCAGAAUCUGCGUCUCAGAGGAUAGAUGCACCGGCACCAGAAAUUCCAAAUCAUCCACCUCCCCAGGUCUUCCCCUUUGUUGCACCUCCAUCAUCGCCCGCCUCUUUCCUCCAAUCAGGAUCUGCAUCUAUUAUACAAUCACCAAUGGGCCCUCCAUCUUUUUCGCCUCGCUCGCCAAACUCUCCGUCACCCACAGGUCCUCCAUCCAUCUUUGCUAUUGGGCCAUAUGCACAUGAGACACAGGUAGUCUCCCCUCCAAUCUUCUCGGCCUUCACAACUGAACCUUCAACGGCUCCUUUCACUCCCCCACCAGAGUCUGUUCAUCUGACAACCCCUUCCUCGCCUGAGGUGCCAUAUGCAAAGCUUCUGACUUCACUCAACAGCAGCAAGAAUGGGGAAAGGGGUGAACUUCACUCAUACCAUAUGUACCCUGAGAGCCCAAUAGGGCGUCUCAUAUCUCCAAGCUCUGCUUGUUCUGGCACCUGCUCCCCAUUCCCUGACCCUGAGUUGCAGACUUCCUCACAAAGCACUUUCCCCUCCUUCCCAGUUCGUGAGCCCCCAAAGAUCCUGGAUGGCAAGGGCAUUGCUACACAGAAGUUGAUACCUCGCCAUAUGAGGAAUGGCGGCUCCCUUUUGGAUGGCCACAUUACAGCAGCUGUACCAGUCGUGGACUUCUCUGCAAGACUUCAAAACAAUGAUCAUGCUAUGGAUCAUCGGGUCUCAUUCGAGCUGACAGUAGAGGAUGUUGCCCGCUGCCUGGAGAAGAAGACCGCGAUUUCUGGAGAAUCUGCUGCAUCAUCUUUCCACCUUCCAUCCAGCAACACGGGCGAUCACUCCAGAGAAUCCAAUGAGACAAGGGCAGGGCUCUACGUCGACGAAACAUAUCAUGACCUGCCUGAGAAAGCACGGCGCUCCCUGUCCCUCCGUCUGGCCAAAGAGUUCAAGUUCAGCAACGUCGACGCCCCUCACGUGGAGGAGACGGGCGCCCUCGGGUCCGACUGGUGGGCGAACGAGAAGGUGGCCGCGAUCACAACUGAGCCAAGGAAGAGCUGGUCCUUCCGUCCAGUGGCGCAGCCAGGGGUCAGCUAA